AUGAAGCAUCUCAUAUUUACAGUGGUUCUUCUCGGAUUCUUUUCAGCUGCGGUGAGUAAAAACUAUUGACUUUCUCGAAAUUCUUGUUUUUAGGUAACUGAAGAGGUCAAGCUCACUAAGGUGUCGAUUUUCACAAAUCUCGAUGAUACUUCACGCAUUUUCUAUACAAGUUUGACGAAAAGCAAAAUGCUCAAACGGUUCAGUAAGUGAAUUUUGUGAAAUCGAAAACCUAACUUCUAGUGUUCAGACUCUUCGGAUUAUCCAAUUCCCAAAAAUCUCUACUUCUCGAUGCUCGCCAAACUGCCCGCUAACAAUUCGUGUCCGGAACUACGAGAAGUCCAUUCAGCUUACGAUUCUUACUUUGGAAAGUACAGUUUUGCGCUUGCCGACGAAAUUGAGUAUUGGGGAUUGAAAGAUUUCGGAGUGGCCGGGUACUUGGCACCGUAUCCGGGAUACUGUAACAGUGACGACAUCCAACUCAUCGAGCUGUCUUCGUAUUAUUCGAAUGGUUUGGAUGUUUUUAGAGAAAAGUGAAUGUUUUUUGUUUGUUUGCAGAAUACAAAUACGAUACUAUGAACAAUAUUUACGAGUAUUACACGGAUUAUGACACGUUUUACCAACCCACACGAAUUCUUGGAUAUGGAUUCAGGACGAUCAGGACGAAUGAAACAGUUGAAUUGUGAGUUGUGAGGGUACAGUUGCAAAACAUUUCCCAUUAAAACAUAUUUCGAAACUCUGGCUUUCAGAACUGGAACUCCUCCCUACAUCAACUCCCGACUAUCCGAUAACUUCAAGGUUACCUUUUUUGGUAAUUAACAAAAAAAGAAUGUCUGUCAUCACAGGAGCCCUCAAUAGUGAACUUCAAACCAGUGCGCAUCCUGACUCUCGGCAACCUGACGACUUAUUUGGUGGACGAGUAUGCGAUUGAAAUGACCGUUGCCGACGGCUGGACACUCAGUCCCAAACACUUGCCCGGUCCGAUUUACGGGAAUAUGGACCAGGAUGUACGGGUGGCGGUCGCCAACAAAUGCGGAAAACAAUUGAAUUGCUACGAAGUGCGCAACAUGACAACGAGAAUCACGCACUUCCAGAACAGUCCGUCACCACUCGGCUACAUGGAAAUGCCCAUGUCUGUGCCCGGAUAUUUCUUGUCGCAGAAGGCUGCGGAGAACUGUUUCCCACAAGCUUCGGAAUACUUUUCAUCGGUUAGUUCGGGUCACAUAACUUCUAUUCUAAGUGUCCUUUUUCAGCGCACAACUGACUCGGCAUACUAUGGAAAUUACAAUGACGGAACUGCCAAAUCUGUCGGAUACGCUUAUCCCUAUAAUUUUGCAUUUAUUACGUUGUAAUGAAGAUGUAAAUGUGAAUAAAGGUUACAGGUCACUGAGCGUUAUUUGGAAAUCACAAUGAAAGUGCCGAACCACAAGUGUUUGGAUGCAAGUCAUGUUGUCCCAAUUAUUGUACUCCAGCAUUAAUCUUCAGGUCUGGAACACUUCUAUUUGUUAAACAAGGCCAGACAAGUGCGGUUUAUGUAAGUACUACAAAGCCCUCAAAAUGAGCUGGAAUACAUUCGGACGGAAUGCGGAAUCAUUCAGAGAUGCGUGGAAACGACUCGGAGACCGGGUUCUACCGGUCGAUGAACGCCGACAAUCAGAACAUCACCGGGCAGUGACAUUUCGUUGAAAAAAAAAGAUUUCUCAAAACCGUCUCUAGAUUUUCUAAUUUUUUUGUUUAAAUAGUUCACUUACAUGACUAUGAACGUUUUCGAAUAAAAAAAAAUGUAGAGUGACAGUUCGUAAAAGCAAAAAAAAAAUUUUUCAAGGAAAUUUCACCGUCUUCCGGCAAACGAUCGGUUUUUCCGCGAAAGCGAGCUGUCACUCUACUUCUUUUUGGUUCGAAAACAUUCUCAGAAAUGUAAGGAAAGCUUUUUAACCAAAAGAUUAGAAAAUCUAGUCACGUGUUUCGAGAAAUCGUGCAUUUUCUGAAUAAAACCUUACUUUCACUUACUUACGCGUUUCUUUGCAUCGCAUCGACUUCUCUUCGCGUAUUACUUUAUCUGAAAUCUGUAAAAAGAUCUAAUUGAGGUAGAAAGAAGAGAAAAAUGCUUUAAAGAGAUGAAAAUUUCAGGGCUGGGCAAAUGGCCGGCCAUGGCCGGCCAUGGCUGGCCAAUGAAAAGCCCUGGCCGGGCUAGUUGCAAGCGCGCUCCACUGCAAAAAAGCCUUGGCCGGCCCUGGCCGGCCAAGGCCGGCCAAUGGUACGGUAAGCAAUUCGGUUCACUGAGCGGUGUUUGCACACAAAGCAUUUUAAAUAAAGAAAAAAACGUGUUUUCGAAAGGGUUUUCUUUUUUCUAUGUUUUUUUCACUUCAUGAUCAAAUAUUUUUCACAGAAAAAAAUGCUCUAUUCGAUGAAUUCGAUUCAUAACGUUGUUCCCAUACAUUUUUUUCUUUCGUUUCGUUCUCAUGCAUCUCGUUCUCGUUAAUUCUGUCGUUUUUCUUUUUAUUUUUUUCUCUUCACUUCUGCUAAUUUUUCGAAAUUUGUCAGCUUUCAUUUCAUCGAAAUUUAAUUCACUUACUUUCUUUUUCACCUUUUUUUCUACUUUCAAGCAUGUCUUCUUCUCAUUUUUAAAAUAAUUUCUUCGAUUUUUUUCUUUAUUUAAAAAUGCUUUGUGUGCAAACACCGCUCUGUGAACCGAAUUGCUUACCGUACCAUUGGCCGGCCUUGGCCGGCCAGGGCCGGCCAGGGCUUUUUUGCAGUGGAGCGCGCUUGCAACUAGCCCGGCCAAAGCCUUGGCCGACCGCUGGCCGGCCAAGGCCGGCCAAUGUUUUGCCCAGCCCUGGAAAAUUUGGAGAAAAUUCAUCAACAACUAAAAAAAAUGAACUUUGCGCGUAACAUAAAAUGCACUGUACGCAGAGCAACACCGGCGUGCAAAAAUGCACAGGCUGAGGAUCAAACGUUUGGUGAACGUCGCAAAAGCCGCGCGCGCGCGCCGUGUCCAGUACGACAACGCGACAGUGAUCUACGCGAACUACAACGAUAACGUGGACGCAAGUGCGAAUUCGGUCGGAUUCGCGUUCCCGUACAAUUUUGCGUUUUUGAAGCUGGAAUAA